AUGCCCUUUCUCACCGACCCACAUCUGGCCUCCUACUUUCUGCCCGGCUAUCCGGCCGCAAUCGCUGCCGCCAUCGCCAACGCCAACAAAUCGGGUUCAGCAGCCACAACUGUCCCAACUGGAUCUGUUAACAAUCAUGUCUCAUCUUUCGGAUCGGCGUCAGAGACUACACUGACGGAGACUUCACCACUGACCACGUCCCAUCCACACCAUCAGUAUCCACAUCAACCAGGCGUCCAUCCCGCCACCUCCAUCAACCUCUCCUCGGCGUCCUCGUCAUCUUCUUCAUCGUUAUCGUCUUCAUCCUCCUCUUCACCUGCUGCCUCCUGUUGCUUCUGGCCGGGUGGCGCCAACUCGGCCGUCUCUAAUGCCAACCAUCCUCCGGUCGUUGGGCGUCUCGGCUCCCCGCCGUUUGGCGUUGAUGCCGCCGGUUUUGCGGGACUCGCCUUCUCCCAGUUCCCCUCGGCCACCGGCUGCUUGGCCACUUCUUUGGCCUCUGGUCAGGCGUCGUCGAUGACGUCGGCCUCCACACUCGGUCGACAGGCGCCGGCCUAUGCAAAUGGGCCUCUUGCGGUGUGCAGUCUGGCUGGUGGUUUGGCGUCAUUUCGCUCGUCGAGGUAUUCCACCGACACUGCUGGUCCCGCCGGUCUGCUUUUUUUUAUUCUCCUGCUCUACCUGCUGAUCCUGUGGCCCAAUUCUUCGCGUCAUCCCUAA